AUGUCGGGCUCAGCCCGUUACACCAGCUCCCAGCCCAACGCCUUUGUCCUAGGUUCCCUCAGCGAGACCGAUACGAGGAUCAGUCGGUCGCAGGUCGAGGAACUCGCCGCGCUGAUGCAGGACUGCGCCGGUGUUAGGUCGGUUCCCACGCUCAUCGCCAGCGUGCGACGUGGACUGGCAAUCCGCCUUCGGGCGAUAUCGGCGCCGCAACUGGUCGUGAACCUUGAGACCGGCGCGUGUACUCGUGCCAGCCCUGCUCCUGCCUCGCGUGGCUCUGUUGCGGUGGUCGAGCUUCCCCUCCACCAUGAGCAGCAGGAUAGGCUGGGUCAGGCCGUACGGGUGACGGGCACGUCCAAUUCAAUGUUGAUCAGCUUGGUCAGGUUGACGACCGUUGGGGUCGAUACUCGCAGCACGAGCACGCUAGGCGACUGAGUCCGUUCUCGCUCCUUGUGCAGUAGCCCCACCGUUGGCGUUCAGCAUACCACGGAAAGGCUCGCUCCUGGGCCGACGAGGCUGGCAGGUCGCCCGCUGGUACAGCCGUCGAGUGGGGCUGUACACAUAACACGAAAGCGGCCAUUAGCCAAGACGUGCAGAGGGGGGUCACAAACGCGUUCGGUUGGCUAAAAGCAGGCUCUGCAACGCGUUGGUGAACUUGUGGCCACAAAAAGGCGACACUAGAUUCACACCAUAGCCUAAGUUGGAAAACGGAAC